GUAUCCUAAUUACAAGAUUCCAUGAUUCCAUAUUUUGAAGUUGAUCAUGUUCAUCUGAAAGGCACUGACUCACUUUUGAAGAAAACUGUAGUUUGAAGGGUARUAAAGAAUUCUUGUGAUUUUGUUGCCUAUGUUUCCUGGAGAGUUGAACAGACUAACUGAACUGUAAAGUUUGAAAACAGAUCUCURUAUCAAGGACUGAUAAAAUCCGGUGUCUCUUUGUUGUUCUGAAAUUGUUAUUACAAUUUGCAUGUGACUGAAAUUAAUCUCAGCAUUUUAUACCUAACUAGCUCCAUAUGUCAUAGAGGAAAUAGGCUGUUUUUCACAGGAACUGUGAAUUGGUCAUUGUGUAUUUUGUGCUUUUGGUUUUCUAUUCCUCAUUUGAGUAAAAAUUUUUGCUGGCUAUUUUAAGAUGUUAUGUUAAUUAACUAUCCUAGGGGGAGUUCUGUCUCAAAAGUAUGCAUGUCUCUUUUUCACUGUUCCAUCACAAUACUUCUAACAUGAUGUGGAACAGCUGCUAGUAUAUGAUUAGAAAGAAGCCUUUUGAGCAGUCGUCUUAUGUUGUUUAUUUUGCAGAGGUUUGUCUGGUGUCUUGCAGAAUGACUGACUGGCUUUUUMUUGCUUUCUGUUUUAGUGAUGUGUAAGUGAAUGGAAACCAUUAGCUCAUUUCAGAUAGAAAUUUUUGGUUACUGCAGACCUAGAUUUGAAUCAAAGCAAUCAAGAUGAAAGGCUUUAUAGCCCCCACUACUAGUCCCUGGAGCCUUCUGAGGCUGUUCUUGUCCUUUUUAAGUUAGUGCAUGUCCUGUAAUGGGAAGAAGGAAUUAUUUACGGUUCAGUUUCUCCCUCGCAUAAUCAGUUAUCUUUGGGUUGGUUUUAAGCCUCUUUGAGCAGUUUUGAUUUUUGCAGUUUUUUGCCCUCUGUAGUAGCAGGAGUUAACAAAAUAAGAAACAGAGAUUAUAAGAUGCAGUAUAGGCAUUGCUUUGCURUCCUUUGUGUUUUAAGAAAAGGGGGUGGUAUUUAGCUCUUGAAAGGUCUUUAAUGAAUAUUGUUUGAUGGCUUUGAAACCUAAUAGGACAGCAACAGAAACAGCCUCGGAGCUUUUAGGGUGAAGUGAUUAACAUUUUUCCUGAUGGAGGUGAUUGUUUCACCUCCUCUUUUAACUCGGUGUUUUUCACAGUUUCUUGCCGUUUGUUUAUAUUCAGAUUACAUACCGUGAAAGAAGCCUUUUUGUGUGGUUGCAAUGCUUUCUCCCCUCCUUCUGUAGAAAAUCUGCCUGCUACAGACAGGCAGAGCAUGUGUUUCUCUUGUCUUGGUUGGGUGCACAAAUCUUCUUUUAUGUGUGCUGCUUCUUACCCUGUUGCCUAGACGAUCACUGGCUUUCACUAAGAAUGUCUGGUUCUCGUAAAGAGUUUGACGUGAAGCAGAUUUUAAAAAUCAGAUGGAGGUGGUUUGGUCAUCAGGCAUCAGCUGCUAACUCUGCAAUUGAAAACCACCAGGGAGACUUCUGGAAUAGAGGACAAAAUGUAACAACUGAUGGCACGAAGUUUUUAGAUUCAGGUAACUUACCUUUAACAUCAGAUGGUUACGGAAGGUCCAGCCAACAGGAUUUCCAGAGUUCACCUCUUUGGCCAAUGGCAUCCACCUCAGAAGUCUCUACAUUUGAAUUCUCAUCAGAAGACUGUGGAGGUGCAAGUUGGCUUGACAGACAAGAAACAGAUGAUAGAGCAAGUGAAGAAGAAAAUGAAUCGGACAGCAGUUCAUGCAGAACCUCCAACAGCAGUCACACCUUAUCAUCUUGUCAAACAAUGGAGCCCUGUACCUCAGAUGAAUUUUUUCAGGCUCUGAACCACGCUGAACAAACUUUUAAAAAGAUGGAGAAUUAUCUUAGACACAAUCAGCUAUGUGAUGUGGUGUUAGUUGCUGGUGAUCGUAGAAUUCCUGCUCACAG